AUGACCAACAUAAAGCAGUCACCAUCGGAAGACAAUUCCGAAGACAGGAAACCUCUACAACCAACAUCCAACGUCAUUCGACCAAUACAAUUUAAUCCUGACAAGCCAUCGCUGUGGAUCGCCCAAAUCGAAGCACAGUUUAGGAUUCUGGGAGUGGUAAGAGAUGUUGACAAAUUUUACCACGCGGUUUCCAUCCUCGACACGCGACAUGCGGCAGAAGUGGAAGACAUCAUUGUUGAUCCUCCAACAUCAGCACCUUUCACUGCACUCAAAAUGGCACUAAUUAGUCGUUUUUCUAAAUCGAAAGAAGCGAAGCUGCAACAACUUCUCGAAGGUGAGGAGAUUGGCGAUCGCACACCAUCACAACUCCUGCGCCAUCUUAAAGCACUGGUUCCAGGAGUCAACGAAGAUGUACUUAAAGCUAAAUGGUUAUCCGCUUUACCGAAGGACACUCGCGCCAUGUUAGCAUUGCAAACAAAUACAACGCUGGAAAAUUUAGGGGCUAGUGCAGACAGACUCCACGAGAUCAUACAAGGAAUGCACGUUUCAUCAGUUUCCAAAAAUACCAACAACAAUAAUGACGCAGACUUCGCACAACAAAUAUCUGACUUAACCAAACAGUUAGCAGCACUAUCAGCCGUUAUUAACAAACGGAAAUCCAGAUCAAAUACACGACAGCAUAACAAGCCGAGGCCACGUAACCAGUUCCAACAACGUAGACUGAGCUCUAACGGGUUUUGUUACUACCACUCGAAAUACGGUAAAAACGCUAUUCGGUGCAAACCAGGCUGCACAUUUUCGGGAAACGCUGUAGAGAAUCUCUAA